AUGCCUGCUCAAGUCGAGGUUCCACCAACCACCUAUGAACGUCUGAAGAAGUAUCAGGAGAAAUUCUCCGAUGCUCUUCGUCACCCAGACUCUCCGGAUUGGUACAAGAAGGAGGUUCACGAAAAGGUUAAGAAGGACAUUCUCUGGGCUGCCCCAUACGAUGCUCGCUUCCCGCAGGUCCGCAAACAGCGUCAAUGCUUCGCUUACUACGUCGAUUUCCAUCGCUGCAAUGAGUUGAUGGGACAGGAUUACAAGCCAUGCAAGUUCUUCCAGAACGUCUAUAAGGACUUCUGUCCAAACUUCUGGGUUGAGAGAUGGGAUGAGCUUCUUGCUGAAGGACGUUUCCCAGCCAAAUUUGAUCGCUAA